CGGACCAACCAUCAGACGUGACCGUGAACUGGAAUCGUGUAGAAUGGCGCCUUCAUCGUGCUGUACGCCGGUGGUGUUGGGAUUGCUCCUGCUGCUCGGUGCAACCCGUGCGGAUCCGUUCUUCGGCAAUAACUACGUGUUACCGCAAGGUGCCCGGUUGGGUGCGGCGGCCAACACGGUUGUCCGUAAUCUCGACGCUGCUCAAACGCAGGUCCGCUCGUUUCUGAUCAAUCCAACGGCAUCACCGUUCCUGGCAGCCGGAGCAACCGCACUGCGUGACUACGUCGGUAAUACGACGGCGGUACUCGGUCAGCUGUACCGGGAGAUUGCACAGGUAGCGACGGAUCGUGUUACGGCACCGGCCGUCGUGUUUACGCGCCUGAACCUUGCCCUCAACAAUGUCCGCCAGUGGGAUCAGAAUCUGACGCAAAGUUUGGUCGUGCUGAGCCAAUCGUUCAACUACGAUGCGAACGUCAAUACCGCGGUCUUCUUCGAGCGGUUUAAAAGUGACAUCGGCAAGAAUGUGCAACAGUUGGCCAACGUGCUGGAACUGCUCCGCGGCGCAAUCUCACCGAUCGUUGGUGAACCACUGAACACGCAGCAGUUCCUGCAGGUCAUCUCGGCCAACGGAACGCUCCAGGAGCUGCUGGAUACCGUCGAGGCGGCCGGCCGGCUGUCCACGGAUUACGCCAGUAGCGUAACGCGGGUAGUGGCCGCGGUUCGCACCGCUAAUGACUUUCAGUCCCGGGCUUACUCGCUGAUCCGCACGCACCAGGGAUUCAUCAACACGGCCGUCGAUCGGUACAGUGCUGCAUCGAAUGCUUCAUUCGUGCGCUUCCUCGUUGCGGCCGAUUCGCUCGUCACCCAUCUGAAGGACACCAACCAGAGCUUCGUGUUCCGGUGGCCACUACUCUUCAGUGAGUCGGUACGGGAGAAGCUCGAUCUGCUGAACAACUCCAUUAACCAUCUGACGGGAAAUAUCGGCCUGAGGACGAUUAAUGUGGCCAGCGAGAUCGACAGUAACCAGCGGCUGUUCAAGACGGGCCCGAAUCCCCUGGCAUACGUGCAGGAGGAGGCCGAUCUGUUGACGCGCAUCCUGCUCGAUGUGCUGCAGGGCGAAAACUACUGUGCGACCGGUUUUAUUGCCUCGUUCAAUGCACUACCACCGCAGGUUAAUGCACUGAUCACGGCUUGUCUCGCUGAUCAGACAUCCCUGGAGAGUCAGGGAUCUGCACAGCUUGUCUCGAUCGCAAACAACUUCCUUCGACCGUACGUCACAACCGUGUACGGGCGGCUAAACAUUUGCUUCCAGCAACCGUUCGAGAAGAUGACGGAAUGUUUGGACAACAUUGUCGAGACGAUCGACUUCCGGCCGCAGUUUUUCCUGCUCGAUCUAACCAGCCAGCUGUUCUUUGAGCGCGUCCAGGAGGAACUCCCAUACUGUAACUCCCGCGUCCUCGAGUUCGUCCGGAAUGCCGGUCUACGGGAGUCGUGUGACAUCCGGCAGGGACCACCCUUACUGAAUUGAUAGGACGUUCGCAGUUCCAGCGACCCACUAAUACCAAUACUGCGACUACUACGCACAAAGAUGGAAGUAAGGGUUCCUUUUCGGUUUUCCCCCUGCUCUGGGAAAUACACUUUAUUUGUUGGACGACCAACGGUUUCGAUAA